AUGUCUUCUUCACAAAUUUCCUUGCCUGAAAAGGCUUACUUCGGCGGGCUUCAAAAGACCGAGAUCAUCCAACAAGCGAUGGUCGAAGACGUCGAGGCCCAAUUCAGCAUUGAGGAGAUCAAUGCAUACCGGCCAAAGGGCUUCUGGGGGCUGCUGCGAGAGAAUGCAAAAGGCAUUUUGUUUUGGUUGGCGAUCGCGGCAUUCGUCAUCAUUGUCGGGUUGAUGGCAACUGGGGUCAUUCCGGAAGAAGAAUACGAAUGCGUCGGUGAAAGAUGCGUUCCGACACGCAAUCGCCAUGUCAUCGAUGACUUGUUCUCUGCUGCGGGCAAUGUGGUCCAGGAUGGUGGUCCGGUCGUGGUGUGA